AUGGCGGCACCAUUGUUAUUGUCCAGUGGCAGAGCAUGUAAAUGGUAUGAUAUUGAAGGGCGAGAGUAUUUAAAUUUGACUUCUGGUAUUGCUGUUAAUGCGCUUGGACAUGGUGAUCCUGAUUGGAUUAAUGUUGUUACUCAACAAGCAAAUGUAUUAACUCAUGUUAGCAACAUUUACUAUUCUCUCACUCAGGAUAAAUUCAAACCUGAUGUACCAUAUUCAUUAGAUAUGGUUUUACAGGAUUCUAAGGGCGAUCGCAUGCAUGCUUCAAUUGGCAAGUAUGAUAUUAAGUUUUUCAAGAACAAGAUGGAGGAACUUGAGUUAUAUCGCAUUAACAACUUUGUUGUUACAUCAAAUUUCAAGAAAUUUAAGAUUACAACGCACAAGCACAGGUUGAUUUUCAUAAAAAUGACUUCUGUCGAGAAAAUUACUGAUCCUUCAUUUCCUAUGGACAUACUUAAUUUGUGUCCAUUUGACCAACUCACAAUUCACCAUAUAGUCGAUGACACGAAACUUUUCGAUGUUGUUGGUCAGAAUGUCACAUAUGAAGCUGUUCAAACAUUCAAGCAAGGAGACAAUGUCUACUCCGUUUGUAGUUGUUGGUACCAAACUAAGCUAUGGAUAAAUCCAUCUCUGCCGCAAUCUAUUGCUUUUAAAUCCAGAUUAAAUGCAACAUGUGCUUCUAACUAUGAGCGGCUUAGCCAGACAAGUUCCCAACAGUGUUAUUCUAUCAUGGAUGAGUUAACCAAAGGAAUUGUACCUUUUAAAUAUAUCAAUGAUUUGAUUGUAUGCUUAGAAGAAGCUAGCUAUUGGAUUGCUGCAAAAAUUGUUUGUUUUGAUCUUGAUCAUGGAUGGUCAUACAUGACUUGCAACAAGUGUAUUAUAAAGGUUGAACAAGAUGAAAACUCAUUUUUUGUCCAAAAUGCAAUUCAGAGGUAUAGGCUACAAGUUCGUGUAAUGGAUGAAACUGGUCUUAUAACCCUAUUACUUUGGAAUCGUGAGGCUGUUCAACUUAUGGGGAAAACUGCAAAAGAGCUAAAGGAAGACUUAAUUGAUGAUGAUGAAUGUUCGUAUCCAAGUGAACUGGAUGAUAUCGUUGAAAAAAAAACUCAAGUUUAA